AUGGCAGUCUCGUUUAAAACAGCAAUUACUAUAUGGGAUGUUUUAUCAAAUAAGUUAUUAUUUUCACUUCCUGUUCCUUAUGAACAACAUGGUAAAGAAUUUAUACCUGUUGAAGUUCAAUUUUUAUCCAACUCACAAUAUAUUCUCACUAAAUCAAAACAAGGUGUUAUUAUAUAUGACCUUCUUUCUAGAAAGAUUUAUCAAUCAUUCCUUUGUACUCCAAUUCUCAUUGCUGCACAUCGUACAUUAAAUUUAUAUUCAUUUGUUAAUAAAAAUACUGGACAUUGGGAUGUUUUCUUAAUGAAAAUAGGAGAAAUAAAACCAGUUGCUGUAUGGAGAAUAGACACAGAGAUAACAUCAAUGGUAUUUUACACAACAGUUACUGGACUUGAAUAUAUUUGUGCAGUGACAAAGAAUAGUGAAAUCUAUUCAUUACCACUAGAAAAUAUGAUUGGAAAAGAUAUACCUCAACCUUAUACUGAUACAAAAGUUCCUGAAAAGAAAGCUGCUAUUACUCUUAAGAAAAUUGAAAUGGAUGAAUCAAAUAAUGAAACUAGAGUAGUAAAAAUUGUGAGUGAAUCAACAUUAGAUGGACUAGAAGCAAAUAUUUCUGAUGUGAAUAACAUCUUCAACGUUAUUGUUGAUUGUCUUCUUAAAUGA